AAAAUUAAGUUUAGUGUUAAAUAAAAAAAAAAGUUCAAAGUAAGGGAAUGCAACUUACAUUAAAAAUUUCCAUCAAAUCUGGGUGCCCACUAGGGUGGACCUUUUAUAUUUUGGUCCACUGGUGCACUCAAGGCUAUUUUAGUAAUUUACAAUAUUAAACAUAUAUUAAAAAAAAUCCUUAACAUUAUCCAGCUGUGUGUUUGGCCUUGUUUGACCCGCGGUUGCUGCCACCGGGGAGUUGGGUUUGGGGCCCCCCUAUGGGGCUCCGCGCCCCACCUCUUUUUUUUUAGCCCAUAAAUGCCCUACGAAACUUAAACUUCCGUAUUCAAUAAAAUAGAAUACGGAAGUUAAAAUUCCGUAUUAUAACUCUGACAGUCAUCACCUUUUCCACCAUUACUCCUCCCUCCACCAACCCCUCCACCAUUACUCCUCCGUCACCAACCCCUCACCAGCCCCCUUAACCCCCUCAAUGCCUCCAGACCACCCUCUCUCUCACCCUCUCCUACCUCACUUUCAUCCUCACUUCCAUUCUUCCUACCACCACCACCAACUCCUUCAUUGGCAAGCUCUCCACCAUUGGAUGCAAAAAGAUAGCAUUUGAGGUAAGUGUUGUUAGUUGUUUGUUGUAUGUUGUUAGUUUAAGUAGUUGAAGUUGUUAGAUUAAGUAGUUAGAUUAAGUAGAUUAAGUAGUUAGAAUGAUGAUUUUCUGAAUUCUGAGAUGUGUUAAAAUACGGAAUAUAAAGUUUCGGAGUCUAUACGAAAAUUAAUAUACCGUAUUCAAUACGAAUUAUAAAUUUCCGUAUUCAAUACGAAUUUUAAAGUUCCGUAUUCAAUAUGGAUAAUAAAGUUCCGUAUUCUCUUCCAGGGAUGACAGAAUCAUUUUUAUUUCAUGAAUCCCAAUUGAUUGAAGUUGGAUUGAACAAUGCUCAACUUGAAGAGGUGCCACCACCGGCAUUUGUACCCCCGUGUAUAAGUAUAGAUGUCUCGCAUUUAUUUACAACUGAUCAGAUUUUCCCUACCCGUGAUGAUCUUAUCAAUUGGGUUCAUGGAAUUGCGAUUGAAAAUGGAUAUGUUGUGUUGAUCACAAAGUCAGAUAGCGGUGGGAAUGGAAGCAGAAAAGCUUAUGUCAUGUUGGGGUGCGAGAAGCAUGGUAAGUAUGUUCCCUACAGAGACCCUGACCUUGUUGAAGGAACGAGAACACAAAAGACAGAAUGUCCUUUUAGACUAAAAGGACGACCUAUGAAAAAUGGCAUAGAUAGAGAUUGGCGGCUAAAGGUGAUGGAAGGUACACACAACCAUGAACCAGCUAGGUCACUACUUGGCCACAAUUUUGUUGGUCGUCUAAAUUCCGAAGAGAAGGAGCAAGUGGAAAAAAUGUCAAAGAGUUGGGUUCCACCGAGAAAGAUGUUGUUGACUUUGAAGGAAAACAAUCCUUUAAACUUGACUGCCAUAUCUCAGAUUUAUGGUGCUUGCAAGAGGUUAAGAAAAUCCCUCCGCUGGUCAUUGACAGAAAUGCAACACUUGUUGAAGAAGUUGGACGGUGACAAGUACGUCCACUUUGAAAGACAUGAGCCUGGAUCGGAAGUCAUUAGGAAUGUAUUUUGGGCUCAUCCAAAUGCUAUCAAACUGUUCAACACAUUUCCAUAUGUAGUGAUUAUGGAUUGCACAUACAAGACAAACAAAUAUAAAAUUCCAUUGCUUGAGAUUGUUGGACUGACUUCCACAGAUAAGACAUACUCCAUAGCCUUUUGCUACAUUGUUAAUGAGGGCACAGAUGACUACGUUUGGGCACUGGAGUGUAUGAAGUCUCUAUUAGCUGAUCAAGCCAUGUUGCCUAAGGUGAUUGUUACUGACAGGGAUCUUGCCUUAUUGAGUGCUGCUAAGCAAAGCCUUCCCAACACCAGCCAUUUAUUAUGCUUGUGGCACAUCAACAAGUGUGUUUUGGCAAAGUGCAAACUCUAUGUUGGUACAGAUGAUUUUGCUGAAUUGGUUAUGGGGAAGUGGGGAGAGGUGGUGGAUGCUGCAACAGUUGAAGAAUUUGAAGUUCAAUAGAUGCAAUUGUUUAAUAUGUGCAAGGACAAAUACAGCAACUUUACCUCCUAUUGUUCUACUACAUGGUUGGUCCACAAGGAAAAAUUUGCCAAGGCAUGGACAAAUCAUGUGAUGCACUUUGGAACAACAACAAGUAACAGUGCUGAGGGUGCACAUGCCAGUUUGAAGAAGAUGUUGCGGGAUUGCAAGGGUGACCUAGCCACUUCUUGGGAUGCGUCGCAUAGUUUGACAUGUAAUCGACAUACUGAAAUAUUAGCAUCGUUUGAGCGCAGUAUUCACAUAAUUGAUCACAUUUUCAUGUGCCCAUUUUACACAAAUAUUAGAGGAUUUGUGUCAAACAAAUGCCUGCAGCUCCUUGAUGCUGAACAUAUAAGAAUGAAGUCCUACGGCCGAUGCGAUUGCUUGUUGAGAGAGACUCAAGGGCUGCCUUGCGGUUGUGAACUUGCAGGUCACCGGUCAACCACUCUCUUGUCAAUUAAUUCUAUUUGUUAUUAAAAGUGACACUUUUGUGAACUUACAGGUUAUGAAAGAAUUCCAUAUGAGGCAAUUCAUCCAUUCUGGAAGAGACUGAGUUGGGAGCAUGUACCUGAACCUGUUGCAGAUACUAUCAGCAACCAUAUUUGCGGCAUGAACCAUGGAGAUAUGCAACCAGAAGUUGAGGCAUUGACACAUUAUUUCAGUUCUUUGGAUACUGGAGGGCAGAGUAUGGUAAGGAGGAAGCUUCAAGCUAUCUAUUGUCCUGAAAGCAGUUCACUUUGUACUCCUGAGGUUCAGAUAAGGUCCAAGCGCACUCUUAAGGCGAACGAAAGAAAACCACCCAAGGUUAAAGCAAUAGGAUCCUUGACUCGUGAUCCUUCAGGUUUUGAGCAUGUUGAUAGGGAGAUCAAAGAGGCAAAGAAGGCUUCGCAACCACCAAAGAAGAAGAAGCGUGUGAAGAAGUCUGAUACAAGCUAUUUCAUGGGUCAUUUUCCAUCCUUUUUCCACCCAUAUAUACACACAGUUCAGAAUGUUGAGGACGAUGGUAACUGUGGCUAUAGAGUCAUUCCGUAUUCUUUUAAAGGGGGGUUUUUCCGUAAUUUCCCCACUUUAAGUGGGGCGCGGAGCCUCAUAGGGGGGGCCCAAACCCAACUCCCCUGCCACCGUCCCCAGACCUCAAACAUUCGAUGGAGGAAUCAGGAUUCGAUCUUUGUUCAAAAUCCUCCAUCCACUCAAACCAAAUUAGUCCGUGGGUUUUGAUAUUUUUCUUUAAUUAUCCAAAUCUCAAUGCUUUUGUC